GACGCAUGACGUCAAACUGCAUACGCAUUGUACGUCAGAGUGAGAUGUUUUGAAUGUAGGCUACAUGGCUGGCUAACAGUAUUGGCGAAUUAUGAAAAGUGAAGGAUCCAGACAGGACCCCCCGUUGUUCGGGUGAUGGCAGAGCGUCUGCAAUCAUAUGACAGCAACUCCAGUGACACCGAUAACUGGGAUCGAAAAGCAACAAGCCGACCUCGUAAGCUCUGUAAGCAUCUGAGCAGCAGUCAGGCCCGUGCAUCCCGAGUGGAGGCUGAACAGAGGAAGAUGAGCUUGCAUGGUGCCAGUGGGGGCAGUGAUCGCUCACGAGACCGCCGCCGUUCAAGUGAUCGCUCCCGAGACUCGUCACACGAGAGAGAGCUCACCCCCUGCAUCCGCAACGUCACCUCUCCUACUCGUCAACACAACUCUGACCGUGAUGGUGGAUCUUCAUCUAGGCCCAGUAGUCCCCGGCCUCAGAGAGUAUCUCCCAGUGGCUCCAGCAGCAGUGGCAUUAUGAGCAGUCGUAACAGUAGUUUGUCCAGCACUGAAGGCACUUUCAAAAGUUUAGGGGUUGGAGAGAUGGUUUUUGUCUAUGAAAAUCCCAAAGAAGGAGGGACGAGUGCCACUGUCGGAAACAGAAACAUACGGACCUCAGAAAGAGUCACUCUGAUUGUAGAUAACACUCGCUUCGUCGUAGACCCCUCCAUUUUCACUGCACAACCCAAUACUAUGUUGGGCAGAAUGUUUGGAUCUGGACGGGAGCAUAAUUUCACACGACCAAAUGACAAAGGGGAGUAUGAGGUUGCUGAAGGCAUCAGUUCCACUGUUUUCCGAGCAAUUCUGGAUUACUACAAAUCGGGGAUAAUCCGAUGCCCUGAUGGAAUUUCCAUCCCUGAGUUGCGAGAAGCGUGUGACUAUCUAUGCAUCUCUUUUGACUACAGCACCAUCAAAUGCAGAGACCUUAGUGCCCUGAUGCAUGAGCUGUCAAAUGACGGAGCUCGAAGACAAUUUGAAUUUUAUCUUGAGGAAAUGGUUCUUCCUCUAAUGGUUGCCAGUGCCCAGAGUGGAGAAAGAGAAUGUCAUAUUGUGGUCUUAACUGACGAUGAUGUGGUGGACUGGGAUGAAGAGUAUCCUCCACAAAUGGGUGAAGAGUAUUCACAAAUUAUUUACAGCACAAAAUUGUACAGAUUUUUCAAGUACAUUGAGAAUCGAGAUGUCGCCAAAUCAGUCUUAAAAGAAAGAGGAUUAAAGAAAAUAAGACUUGGAAUUGAAGGAUACCCCACAUAUAAAGAAAAGGUUAAAAAGAGGCCAGGAGGGCGCCCGGAGGUCAUCUACAACUAUGUGCAAAGGCCCUUUAUUCGCAUGUCAUGGGAAAAGGAGGAGGGGAAAAGUCGUCACGUGGACUUCCAGUGUGUUAAGUCCAAGUCUAUCACAAAUCUGGCAGCUGCAGCAGCAGAUAUCCCACAAGACCAGCUUGUGGUGAUGCACCCCGGCCCACAGGUGGAUGAACUUGACAUCCUUCCCAACCACCCACCUAGUGGGAACCACUACAGCAACAACUACAGCAACGAGCCUGACCCUGAUGCACCUUCACCUGCGGUCUGAGGACACGCCUCGCCCCUCUCUCCUCCAGUCCACUCCCAGCAUGCUGCAGCAUGGACCGCUAGGGGCGCCAUAACCAUAUUGCCUUGACACCUUCUUUGCAGCCUUAGAGCCUCAAGAACAUGGUGGACUGUAGAAAAGGUAUAUGAAGAGGGCCAUAAGACAAAAGAAGGAAUUCACUGUUAUUUUAAAAAUUGUUUUUUACUUGACCAAAGGAUUUAUUUUUCUUUUUGGAAUACAUUUAGUAAAAUAUAUAUGACAUUAUUAUUUACAAUGUUAUUAUGAUAUCUUAAUUUGGUGAAUUUGGCUGAGCUCAAUUCAGCACAUGUCAUUUGUUUCUCUCUUUUAUAUUUCUCUUUAUUUAACUGAUUACAUACACAUCUCUGGGGUGGCCUUUUAUUACUAAGGGGAAACUAGAACUAGACUACUUUUAUGAAACAAAGCAACAGAUUGUCAACUGUCACCAUUUAGUGUUAUGAUCUCCAGAUGUUUUGAUCUUGUUCUACGGUCUGUAGUCAUUGGCUGGGUUUGAUUAUGUGAUGUUAUGCUCCACCCACAGCCAAUAUUAAGCAGAGCACUAGGCUGUUGUGGUCAGAAACUUGUGAGAAGCUUGAAAUAUUGUUGUUGAUAAAUACAAAGUAAAUAAAAGACUUCAACAGUU